GCAGCGGCGCGGCGGCCUCGCUCACUUUUUCCUCUCUUAGGUCUCCGGUUGGAUCUGACUUCUCUCCUUAAGAAAAGUAAGUAAUAAAUGGAGGCUCUGCGUCUUGCGGCAGCUCAGCCGCCUCUGCUCCGCCAUCGACGGGCGCAAUUUCCGGGUUCCACUGGUCGCCACGUUUCAACUAUAACGCACCCUUUCACCAAGCAGUUGAUCAAAGCCACCCUGUCCAGACCGCCUGCGGAGGUCUCUCCGGCCGUUAAUUUCCAGGAAACGUCUUCUUCCUCAUCGUCCUCGUCAAUUCCAGAUGAGGUUCCGUCACCUCUGCCUAAAAGGGUGUCUCCCAAUUCGCUACAGUACCCGCCUGGUUAUCUCGGCGCGGUGCCGCAGCGUACUGUUAGUGAAGGAAACGGCGACGUCAUAAAUGCGAUGGGCUAUUUGACGAAUAUGUUGUCUUCCAAGGUGUACGACGUGGCAAUUGAGACUCCGUUAGAACCUGCGCCAAAAUUGUCGGAGAGAUUGGGAAUUAAUGUUUUUCUCAAAAGAGAGGAUAUGCAGCCCGUUUUUUCUUUCAAGCUGCGUGGAGCUUACAAUAUGAUGGCAAAACUUACAAGUGAGCAGUUGGAAAGAGGAGUUAUCUGCUCCUCAGCUGGAAAUCAUGCACAAGGUGUUGCAUUAGCUGCCAAGAAACUUGGUUGCAGUGCUGUGAUUGUUAUGCCCGUUACCACCCCAGAAAUCAAGUGGCAAUCUGUUGAGAGGUUGGGUGCAACUGUUGUUCUUAUUGGAGAUUCUUAUGACGAGGCGCAGGCAUAUGCUAAAAAACGAGCCAAAGAGGAUUGCCGUACAUUUAUACCUCCGUUUGAUCACCCAGAUGUGAUCACAGGACAGGGGACGAUUGGGAUGGAAAUUGUCAAGAUUAUUGGUGUGGAGCCCUCAGAUGCAAAUGCAAUGGCAUUAUCACUGCAUCAUGGUGAGAGAGUGAUGUUAGAUCAGGUUGGAGGAUUUGCAGAUGGUGUUGCUGUUAAGGAGGUUGGACAAGAAACGUUUAGCAUAUGUAAAGAAUUGGUAGAUGGCAUUGUCCUUGUCAGUCGUGAUGCUAUUUGUGCCUCCAUUAAGAACAUGUUUGAAGAGAAAAGAAGCAUUCUAGAACCAGCUGGUGCUCUUGCACUUGCUGGUGCUCUGGCACUUGCUGGUGCUGAAGCAUAUUGCAAGUAUUAUGGCCUUAAGGGAGAGAAUAUUGUAGCAAUCACCAGUGGGGCGAACAUGAACUUUGAUAAACUCAGGGUUGUAACUGAACUUGCUAAUGUUGGUAGACAACAAGAGGCUUUGCUUGCCACUGUCAUGCCAGAAACACCUGGAAGCUUCAAGAAAUUUUGUGAAUUGGUGGGGCAUAUGAAUAUUACUGAGUUCAACUACAGGUGUAGGUCUGAUAAAGAGGCUGUUGUGCUGUACAGUGUUGGUGUUCACACCAUAUCUGAGCUUAAAGCAAUGAUGCAGAGGAUGGAAUCUGCUCAACUCAAAACUCAUGAGCUCACAGCAAGUGACUUGGCUAAAGAUCACUUGCGCUAUAUGAUGGGAGGCAGAUUAAGCCUUGAAGAUGAGAUACUUUGUCGCUUUGUCUUCCCAGAGAGGCCUGGUGCCUUGAUGAAGUUCUUGGAUGCGUUUAGUCCUCGUUGGAAUAUUAGUUUGUUCCAUUACCGUGGUCAGGGUGAAACUGGUGCAAACGUGUUGGUUGGAAUCCAAGUCUCAAAGAGCGGGAUGGAUGAGUUUCACCACCGAGCCAACAGCAUAGGAUAUGACUAUGAAGUGGUAACGGACGACAAUAACUUCAAAGUCUUAAUGCACUGAAUAAAAUCAGGUUGAUUUUCUUCAGCUCAAGUGAACUAUCAAAGUAAGCGUAAGCACAUUCUAGGAGCUCUUGUUGUAUUCAUUUGCAAUCCUCUUGAACUCGUUGAAGGUUAGGGAUUACGGUUAUCAUCCAUUCCUUUUUGCAACUUAUGGAAUCCGAAUAGGGUAUGUUGAAAACAAGUUUGCAGGAGUUUUAUGAAUGUUAAUCGUGGUUGGCUAGUCUUUUUGGUGGUUUUGUAAAACGAUUGAGAUAUUCGUUAUAAUAUAUGACGAUGUGCUUUGAUGGUAUUACAAAAAUCAAUGUACUUACAAACA